GAAGAGCGUUGCUGCUGGCUGAAAUAAAAGCCCGAGCAGCCUCGCUUACGGGAUGCUGUGCCCCACAGCGGCCCCGGCUGGGAUUUCCUCUGUUCCCCGCCUGCUGGCAUCCCGGCCGGCCUCCCCUGGGGCAGCAGGAAUGCGAGGGACCGGAGGGCUGCGGGAGGCUCUGUCGGGGGGUUUGCCUGUAGGAUGAGGGGAAAGGCUGUUAGUUUCUAGUCUUCACAGCCUCCAAAAAUAGCCGUCCCCGAGAAACUUUUUCAAAAGGGGAGUUUUCUCUGAGAGGUGCCCCAGAUUUCAGCAGGAGACGAGUUAGCUGCUGGUUCUUUGCCUUUUUCUGGAAUCAAAAUCGGUGAUUUGCAUCACCAAAGGUGUGUAGCAGCUAGCAGCAAUCUCUUUAGCUCGUAGGAGGCCAUGAGCAGUAACAACAAGGUGUUGGCUGCCAGGUGUGAAUGAACACCUUGUUUUCUUGCUCGAACUUCAAAGUGUUGCAAGAGGCCAGAGGUCUCGGAUCCAGGGGGUUGAGCGGGGUAAGCCUUUAACUCGGGUCGGGUCAGUUGCCUUUCUUUAUUGCUGGUGAUAUUACUGUACUCUGACAACAGGCUACCCAUCUAAAACAAAGAGCAGUUAGCAGGGUCAGGGGUUACUCAAGGCUUGUUCUCAUGUAAUGUAUAAUCACCACACAAUGUUCAUACUAAGCAACAAGAUUGUAGAGUAACUUAGCCUGAAAGGGGCCCUUUCUGUGCCACUUCACCCAAAUCCUUCCUCAAAGCAGGGCUGGCCUCAGAGUUGCACCAAAUUGCCUGGGGUCUCAUCCAGACUGGAUUAGGAGCUCAUCCAUGUGAGUGCUUGGCUUCCCAAAAGGUAAAAUUGUGGCAAACUGCCCACAUGCGUUACCUAACCUGGAGCCAUUCUCCAUGUAGAAAGAAGCACAUGCUAAAGACUACCCCUUCCAAUCGGCUGACCUGUGUGCACAGCUGAAAGCCUGGGGAGGAACUUGGCAGGAUGAAGCCUGUCAUCGUGGUGCAUGGUGGAGCUGGCCGGAUCUUCAAGGAGAGAGAAGAGGGAUGUCGUGCUGGUGUUGUCAGAGCUGCACUGCGAGGUUACUGUGUCCUGAGGCAGGGAGGCAGUGCUGUAGAUGCAGUUGAGGAGGCAGUACGGUCAAUGGAAGAUGACCCUCAUUUUAAUGCAGGUUGUGGAUCUGUUCUAAAUGAAAAAGGUGAAGUAGAAAUGGAUGCCAUUAUCAUGGAUGGAAAAAAUUUAGACUCUGGAGCAGUAUCUGCAGUUAAGUGCAUAGCAAACCCAAUAAAACUUGCUCGACUUGUUAUGGAAAAGACAAAGCACAUGCUGCUGACUGACCAUGGUGCACACCUCUUUGCUCAGGCCAUGGGUAUUCCUGAAAUUCCAGGGGAGAAACUCAUAACUGAGAGAUCCCGGGAGAGAUGGAAGAAGAACCUUGAACCAGAUUCCAACCCUGAAGAGUUUCAGAAAGACCUUGGAACAGUUGGUGCUGUUGCUAUAGACAGUGAAGGCAAUGUAGCUUGUGCAACAUCCACAGGAGGACUCUCUAAUAAACUGGUUGGCCGUGUUGGUGACACAGCAUGCAUAGGAAGUGGAGGUUAUGCUGACAACCAUUCUGGUGCCACUUCAACCACAGGACAUGGAGAGAGCAUUAUGAAAGUGGUCUUAGCCCGACUGAUUCUCUAUCACAUGGAGCAAGGAAUGUCACCAGAGGUAGCGGCGGACACUGCCUUAGACUACAUGAAGUCACGAGUUGGGGGUUUGGGGGGUGUCAUUGUUGUCAACAAGGCAGGAGAGUGGGCAGCAAGGUUCUCCACCAAGCAGAUGUCGUGGGCUACUGUAAAGGAUGACAACCUGCAUUAUGGCAUUUAUGCUGGGGAGAAGCAUAUAAAAUCUGUUGAUGAAGCACUUGCAUCUGAACGGGAGGGAUUCUAAGAAUGAAGAAAGUUGACUGACAGAGAAGAAUGAAGAUCUCCAGUUUUUGCUGGAGGACAAUGACAGUUGAUUUUGUCUUUCUGAAAGAUCUUUUGGUUCACAGGCAUUACCACAUUUACAGUCAAAAUAAAAUCUGCACAUAGUUCUUCAGUGGACAAGUAUAGAUGUAGUCUUUAAAUACCUUAAUGAAGUCAGACCCUCCUUUUUUAGAUAAGAAAGAGAAUGGUCUGUAGGUUCCUUGGUUAGUAUGCCCUAAUCUUACAUUAAAAGGAGCUUGAGUUUCAGUAUUAGAGGAACUCCUUUUCACAUCUGUUCUCAAAGACUGCUGCCAGGAUGAUUUGAGAGAAAAAUACCUAUUAAUUAAAAGCUGCAUUUUGAAAAUCCAGAAUCUUUUAAGCAGCCAUCUUCUGGUAACAGCUUGCUAACGGUCAAUGAAGUACCACCAAAGAGCAGCGAAGAGAUAAGAUUACAAUUGUUCUCACAGGCUUGAGGUAACUCAUCACAGGAUAUAAUGAAGUAAAGAAAGUAACUUUCUCCAUAGAAGAAAAAGCUGAUGCUAAGGAGCUCUAAUUCCAUUCCAUGACAUCAGACCAGAAAUCACAACCAAGUAGGCUAUGAUGUUUCAAACUGUAUGUGGACAGUUAAUAGAAAGAUGCUAUGGAUGUAGUAUCUGGGGUAGUAAUAAAGAAGGUUGUGCUUUCAGUACAAAUAAAAGCAAUGUUUUCUACUGAAAUGUAAAGGUGAUAGCACCUUUUAAGUCAAAAUAUGAGACAGAGGUUCUGAUUAACUGGAAAAAUAAUUAUCUGAAAGUAAGUGAUCAAAGUAAAUUGUACUAAAAUAAAUAAAUCUGCCUGUUUUGCAAGCUUCUUCUGUGAAGUCUGAAA